AUCUUCGCUGUCCAUCUAGCCAAAUAAUGUAUAUAGGCGGUAUACACAUCCCAGGCGAACGCCUUGCAUUAGGCGUGGAAAGCGCUGUCACUUCAUCGAUCUUCAUAUAUACUGCGGCCGCCUUUUAUGUUGGGCGCAACUCGAUGAAAGUCGCUGAAGAAAAAGGUGGCCAGAUAAAGUCGAUGCCGAAGACUUUUCUGGGUAAACUUGUUACAUCUAUUCAUGCAAUUGGAAUGAUGCUUCCAGUUGUAACAUACCUGAUCGCAGUCCCGCUGAACGGAUGCGCUCAACCUGACUUCAUUUCUCGUUUUGCCUUGCCAAAUUUCGGACUCGGUCAGGAUUCCGUAUAUCUGUUGAGGAUAGCUUCGGCUGUAGGCUUGAUUGGGACUUGGAAGUUGUUCAGACAAUGCGUUGACUUGUUGGGGAACAGCGGCACUUAUCAUCAGAUUGGAGUGAGGGAGAGGCCGAAGCUCAUUACCUCAGGGCCGUUUGCAGUCGUCCGACACCCAUUAUACACCUGUGCCCUGCUGCAAAACCUGAUACUUACUGGGAUGACGUGGAACUAUAUACCGCUCUAUGCCCUUGCUAUUAUAACUAUCGCAUUUGCGAUAAAGGCUCCCAUAGAAGAGAGCCUUAUGGAGUCAGACUCCGAAAUCGGUCUGCAAUACAAAGUAUAUAAGGAGAAGGUGCCCUACAGACUUAUCCCCGGAGUCUGGUAAUUGUUUGGAUUUCGAACAUAUCUCUAUAUCUUAUAGCAUAAAGCACCAGCUAGUUAAAAAGUAUUUUAAGCCUACCGCUAUUAUUG